UAGAAGUUUAUUAAACUUUCUUCAUAAAAUUUGUUAAAUAUAAAAUAAAAUAUUUUAAACAUGGCUUCAAGAUGUGAAGUUUUCUUGGAGAUUUUGCUUGCAAUCUUGAUUCCACCUCUUGGAGUUUUCUUUAGACAUGGUUGUUGCAGUUGUCAACUCUUGAUUUGCUUGAUUUUGACCCUACUAGGUUAUAUUCCAGGGAUAAUUUAUGCCAUUUAUGCAAUUGUCAUAUGUGAGUUCUUGAUUUGCUUGAUUUUAACCCUACUAGGUUAUAUUCCUGGAAUUAUUUAUGCAAUUUAUGCAAUUGUGGUUCGUGGUUAUGAUCAAGAUGAAGAAUGGCGUCCUCUCACAGCCUAG